AUGGAGGCCAGAUGGAGACAGCAGGAGAUUUCAUGGGGCGAGGAGAAGGCACGUCUGCUGGCCGCCAUCAAUGCCGCCGACCUGGCAAAGCGCAGGAACCUCCGGCAGUCCAUCCUCCUCCGCGAUGCCCGUGCGGAGAAAGUGAUGGAUGAGCUGAGGAACAAAGCAGCUGAAUGGAUGGUGGCACCUUGGGAUGGCGAAGCCAGGGGUGACAUUGACGUCCCACUGGUGUUGUCCACAUGGGGCCAGAGAGAGGAGAACAGGAGAGUUCAAGAAGGCAUGCCUCUCCUGCACAACCAUCUGCAGGAGUUCUUUGACCACAGCAGGAUGGUAGAGCACCUGGUGCAGCAGCAGCAGCUGGAGGCGGGGCUGGAGAAGAAGCUGGCCAAUGAGACGAAGACCUUGAACGCCAAAUAUCUCAGGGAAAGAGAGAUCAUGCAGAAGACUGCCAUGAAAAAGAGAGAGGAGCUGCUGAGGAAACUGUUGAAGGAAGCAGAAAAGAAGAAGAGAAGGCGUGAGGAGAAGCAGAGGAAGGAGGCAGACAAGCUCGCAAAACACCAAAAGAAAGAGGCUGAGAGAUUUGUUAAGGAGGCAGCAAAAGUGGCCAAGAAGGCCGAAAAGGAGGCCAAGAAGGAGGCAGCCAGGGCGGAGAGGGCAGCAGCAGCAGGAGGGAGCUCAUUCAUCAGCACACUCCUCUGCUGCUUCAGGAGGAGGGCUGCUGCAGCCUCCUCCUGAGCUGUGCUCCCCUUCCCCUGUGUGUGUGUGUGUGUGUGUGUG